CAUCAUUACAGUACAAACUCUAUAAAUACAUACAUGUUUAUACACAUCUUUUGCAUGCAAAAAAAGAACCUCCGACUCACAAUCUCCUCACCAUUAUCCUUACAUUUUAACUCAUCAAUGGCGUCUCCGGUAGAUCGGAAAUCUCAAUACACAAUCAAAGCUAAGGGUAUUUCGUACGCGGUAUCCCCACCGUUGUGUCCCCUUGGUUGGAUUUGCCACAAUCCAGGCCUAAAGAAAAAGAUCAUCACCAAUGUUAGUUGUGAAGUGAAACCGGGUGAGAUCACCGCAGUUGCCGGUCCAAGUGGUGCUGGAAAAACAACUUUGUUGGAGAUACUCGCAGGGGUUAUCCCUCCGUGCAGAGUCUCGGGUGAGGUGGUUGUUAAUGACCGGACCAUGAACCCGACUGUUUUCCGGCGAGUGUCCGGAUAUGUCACCCAAGAGGAUCUACUCUUUCCGCUCCUAACGGUAGAAGAAACCCUAUUUUAUAGUGCACGGUUACGGCUUCAUAAUGGGCCGGCCCAAAGUAGGGUGAGUGAGUUGCUGGUGGAGUUAGGGUUAUCCCAUGUCGCCGGAGAAAGAGUCGGCGAUGGAAGUGGGACCCACCGAGGGAUUUCAGGUGGCGAAAGACGCAGGGUGUCAAUUGGGGUCGAUCUAGUGCAUGAUCCGGCGGUGUUACUGAUGGACGAACCGACAUCCGGACUAGAUUCAGCAGCUGCUUUGCAAGUGAUGUCCAUGCUUAAAAACAUGGCUAAAAAUCAUGGCAAAACCAUUGUUUUAACCAUCCACCAACCCGGGUUUCGGAUUCUAGAACUUCUUGAUCAGGUUGUGUUGCUGGCGGACGGAGUUGUGGUCCAUCAUGGCUCGCUAGAUCACCUCCACCAACGGCUGAAGCUAGCCGGUCAUUCAGUUCCUCAACAAGUGAACGUGCUCGAGUUUUCAAUCGAUGUGAUUGAAACAUUAUUUCCAGACGUUGAACAGGAGUCAGCUGGUUUCGGUCUUAAGAAACAAACAAGUAAAACCCCACUCAUAGAAGAGCUAUUGGUAGGGUCUGGGGAUGGUGGAUCGGAUGAGACGAGGGUAGACCUUUCCUCUGUCACAGGGGAUAGAGAGUCUGGUUUUGAUCAUCGUUUGAUGUAUGCAAACUCGAUGGUUACCGAGGUCAUGAUACUGAGCCAGCGAUUUUGCUACAACAUUUUCAGGUGCAAACAGCUGUUUAUUGCCAAGUUGGUUCAAAUGAUGGUUGUUGGGGUUCUGUUAGGGACUAUAUUCAACAACAUUAAUCGGUUUCAAAUGCAAACUCAAAUUGGAUUUUUCGCAUUCAAUUUAACGUAUUUGUUGUACUCAUCAUCGGAAGCGUUACCCAUUUUCUUGAAAGAACGGCGUAUUAUUAUGCGGGAGACAUCUAUCGGUGCAUAUCGGAUUUCGUCGUACACUCUUGCGAACGCCCUCGUGUUCAUCCUGUUUCUUUUGAUCGUAGCGCUUCUAUAUGCGACCCCGACCUAUUGGCUAGUCGGGUUGCGAAAAGAUCUAGACGGGUUUCUUUAUUUCUCUUUAGUGGUUUGGUUGGUUUUGCUAACAUCGAAUUCGUUCGUGUCGUGUUUUAGUGCACUUGUCCCAAACUUCAUGGUCGGGAUCUCAUUGGUGGCCGCGGUAAUGGGGUCGUUUUUUCUGUUUUCAGGCUAUUUUAUAUCGAACAACGACAUACCGAAGUACUGGAGGUUCAUGCACUAUUUGAGUCUUUUUCGAUACCCGUUUGAGUGUUUUUUGUUAAACGAGUUUGGCGGGUCAAAGGGACGAUUGAGGUGUCUUCAAAGAUUUGAAAACGGGUGCUUAUUGUAUGGUGAAGAGUUCUUGAAGACACAGAAUAUAGAUGAGAUACAAAAAUGGUAUAAUUUGGGGAUGAUGUUAGUUUUCAUCUUUGGGUAUAGGUUUCUUUCGUUUCUAGUGUUGUGCUAUAAAUCUUAUAGGAGCAGAAAUUAGAGAAGAUAUUAAUCUUUUCAAGUUUAUAAUCUUUGUAUUCU